CCGCCCCACCUAUUCCGUGUCAGUACGGAAGUACGUCAGCUGUGUGCGUGAAGCUAAAGAUGCUUCAACCGUUUCACUGUGACUUUAACAUUAAGUUGUACUCUGUGGCAAACUUUGGCCACACCUAGAUCCUGUCCCAUUUCCACAAAAAAAAAAAAAAAAAAAAAAAAAAAAAAAAAAAGCCUCUCUCUCUUUUUUUUUUCUUUUUUUUUCUGGUGCGUUUGUUUGUGUGUCGGCGAGUCCCGGCGGUGUAACCGGAGAGGGGCCUCAGAGAGGGAAUGCAGGACUGCAAUGGAGCACAAUGCAAUACAGUGGUUGGGUGCUCCCUCCUGCCAGCGAGGCAGCUAUGCCUUCUAUAAGUCGGUGAGCAGCAGAACCCAACCAGAUGGGCCAGCCCAGGUGUGGAAGCUUGGGGAGUUUUACUUCAUCCGAUGUGGACCGCAGGAUCCUGUGUGCAUCGCAGAGGUGACGUUACUGUGGGAGGACCAGACCCGACGCCACCUGCUGGCCAGCACCAGACUCUACUUCCUGCCUGAGGACACGCCAAAGGGCCGGACCAGGGAGCACGGAGAGGAUGAGGUUCUGGCGGUGUCCAGGAAGAUGGUGGUGCGGGUGGAGGACCUGGUGCAAUGGUCAUGUGCACAGCCAGCAGGUUGGAGCAGCCUGAAGCCGGCAUCCUGCGGGACCAACGGCAUCCACAAACCUCUGCAGAGCAGCGACAGUAACAGCAGCAACACGGCCAACAAGAGCAGCGAGCCGCUCAAAGACAAAACAGAGAAUGACCUGGUCGAGCGUCACAGCAUCAAAGUGCUCAGCUACCCACAGUACUGCCGAUUUCGCUCCCUGCAGAGACGCAUCCAGGACCGAGCGAGGGGGCCAGGGCUGCAGAACCCAUACUUGCUGGCCCUGGGUGGUAUCAAGGCGCUGCCCACCACUCGGCUGAUGUACUGCAGGGACACCUUCAACCACCCGACGCUGGAGAACAGCACCGGCUUCUCCUGGCAGUUUAGAUGUCCGUCUCUCAGUCUUCGAGGGCGCCCUCGCAAGAGGAGAGGCCGAGACGGCAAAGACUCCCCAACCUCAAGCCAAUCAGAGUCCUGGAUCGAGAGGAUGAAGGAAAAUGUAAUGGGCAGCGUGGAGGUCGGCUGUGAGGGCAGCUGGCUCCCUCACCCUGAAGAGCAGCUGUUCCUGGAUCAGCUCUUCGCUUUCAUGGACCGUCAGGGCUCACCCAUUCACAAAGUCCCCAACCUCGGCUUCAAGAAGAUUGACCUCUUUCUCAUGUAUUCUGUGGUAAAACGACUCGGAGGCUACAAAAAGGUGACAGUGGACCGUCUCUGGAAAGUAGUUUAUAACGAGCUGGGAGGAUGUCCUGGCAGCACCAGCGCUGCUACCUGCACCAGGAGACACUACGAGAGGCUGAUGCUUCCUUAUGAAGAGCACCUCAGAGCAGGAGGAGCUGAAUUCAAAAUCCCAGAAUCACCCGUGCCUCCAAAACCCAGAGGGAUAAGAGGAAGGAAACCACUUCCAAGAGGCAGAAAACCAGGACCCAAACCCAAGGAAAAGAAGAUCACAACUGCUCCUGCUCCUGCUCCUGCUCCUGCUCCUGUUCCUGUUCCUGUUCCUGCGCCUGCCCCUGCCCCUGCUCCUGCUCCUGCACCUGCCCCUGCCCCUGCUCCUGCGCCGGCUCCUGCUCCUGCUCCUACUCCUGCUCCUGCUCCUCCUUCUCGGACUAUCGUGAACCCGAAUAGCUCCAUGGGGGUGAAGAGGGGGCGAGGGCGACCACCAGGCACCCGGAACAAGGCCACGCUGAUCGCCCAGGCGAAGCUGCUGGCUCAGCAGCAGGCUAAAGCCAAAGCAGCGUCAUUCGAGUCUAACCAGCAGAGUCCUUUGGGUCCAGCCAGAGGUGUAGGUGGACUGACGGCCAGCAGCACUCACAGGCAGCCCGUCCAGCCCGCUAUCCUCCCAGUCAACAUGCCUCUUACCCCGGACCUCUCCCCCAUGUCCGCCCCCUUCCUCCCCUUCCAGUCCAAAGCAAAGGAGGUGAAGCCAGAACGAGGGGAGUCUACGACACCGGCUUCAGGUGUGCUCAUCUCCCCUCUGCCUCGUCACUUUGUUGGAGGAUCUCUGGGUGGCUUCAGCCCCAUCAAAGGCGUGUGUCCUCUGGAUGUCUUCAGGAACCGCAUCAGCCUCCAGAGAGGCCCGGAGAGCCCGGCCCUGACGCCUCAAGACCCAAGCCAGCAUCAUCCGACUAUCUACACCCUGCAGCCCAAGAGUGGAAGCCCAGAUACACCUCAUCCCAGCGGGGACCAGCUUCAGCCUCAGCCCCACCAGCUGCACCAGCAACACACCCGCUGCUCGGGCUGCAACGUGGACGAGGGAGCCCAGAGAGGAGGCAGUCGGGACGCCAGGACCCGGCCUCUUCUGCCCCCUCUCCGGGUCCUGCCUCUAAACCUCGACUGCAGUGUUCAGGUGUGCCAACUCAUGAGGACUCGUCUGGGCUCGUCUCAGUUCCAGACCUUCACUCGCCGACUGUCUGAGGCGCUGUCCCAGGACCUAAGCACCAAGCCCCCCUGCUCUCCCAUCACUCCUCCCCCUGAGCAGGCGCUGCCUCUCAACCUCAGCAAACGCUUCACAGCCAAGAGAGCCAGCACAGAGGGACCAGAGCAGAGUCUGGUGUCGAUCAACGGAAACACAGAUCAACUGCUCUCCAAGAGACCCAGAACUGGCUCGGAGCAGGCCGAGGACUUCAGCCCAGGCGACCGGUCCAGCUCUGGAGGAAGUGGAGGAGGUGGUGGAGGAGGAGAGCAAGAUGUGGAGAUGAAGAACCAGGAGGAACCCGCAGACCUAAGCUCCCCGAGCAGGAUCAGGGCCUUCCUGCUCGGGCUGCCACCCUUCCAGGUGAAAUUCGAGGAGGAUCUGAACGGGACAAGAUUUGGGAAAUUUCUUCCUCCGGGAUCUAAAGCUGAACCCCAGAGGACCGAGACAGAGAGAGGAGAGGGAGGAGUAGCAGUUAAGAAAGAAGUAAAGAAGGAGGAGGAGGUGGUUGAAAUAGAGCGAUGUGAAACUGAGAAGUCUGAGCAGGAGGAGAAAGAUCCCAGCCUCCUCUCUGGUCCGGGCCCAGCAGAGCUGAAACGAGCUGGACCCUCAAACACUGACACACACUGUUUUUAGCCUCAUUCCCUCUGUUCAUUUGAGCAUUUUGUGAUCAGAAAACUGUCAGAUAAGUCGGGGAUUUAGAAUCUGGAUACCACCGUGGGUGUCUUGGUGUUGGUUUUGGACGCUGGAUGCUUCAGUAGGUAGACCCAGCUCAGGUUAAAACCUGAACACGCGGAGCAGGGAUCGUUUCUUUUCUUCAUCUUUUAAAAACUUCUCUUCGUUUCUCUUUUUUUGUCUCCUGUUGUUACUUCCUGUUUUGUUUUUCUUCUGGUUUUCGAUCAUGUCGUUGAUUGAACUUUGCAGAGGAAUGACAACAGCGAGACUCAUGACAAUCACAAAUCAGUUUCUCUUCCUUCUUUCUGUUGAUUUCUGUCUCUUUUAAAGGUUAAAAAAAAGAAACAGGAGUGAGACUGUGACUCUAAAAAACACUGCCACAACCCUUCAUAACACUAUUAACUCCACUAUUCAAUGUUACGGUAAAAUAUUGAAUAAGAUCCAUAUUACUUAAGAUUAAAAUCAAUAUUACAUCUAUGGGUGAUGCUAUGCAUCAAGACUUCAUAAAUUAGCAUCUAGAGUGUACUGUAGUUAGUAGUUUCAUUUUAAAAUUGUACUCUACUUCUGUAGAGAGAUAGUUAUUUUCUGAUAAAGUGUCUAGAUGUUAUCUGGAGCUCCUCAGUCUUCACAUUAUAGCUUGUCAAGUGAAGCGUUUCUAUAGUCCUGCUCGUUAGCUCAAAUUAUAUAAACCUUUCUUACACAUACGUGCCUUAAAUGGCCUGCGAUCUGUUUCAUCGCUGGGCUUCAAACACAUUCAGUUAAAGAGAUACCUUGAUGUUGGACCUGAAGGUGCGGAAACCGGAGUCCUGAGUUUUUUGUUGAGAAAUAGAAACGUGUACAAAACAAAAGAAGCCAAAGUUUUCAGUCUUGAAAAGCAGCUAAAAACUCACCGGUUUAAAUCGCAGAUUUAAAAAAGAAAAAAGAAAAAAACUCUCGGUGAUAUCCAGUCCUGCUGUUUGCUUUAUUAUAAAGACCACUGUGGCCACACGAUGGGCGCUCGCGUCGACUCGCCUUCAUCACCACCGCUGUUCAGGUUCCAGCCAGUAAAGAAGUUACAUCAGCGCCUCCACGAGGAAGAAUUGUGUGUAAAGAUCAUACGUGAACAUGAUGUAGCCCAAACAUUCAGACUACCUCAGGUUUUUCUUUUUAUUAUUUCCACCAUGCUUUAUCUGUUUCAGAGGGGUGGAGCCUAUCCUAGCAUGCUUUUUGGGUAGACAGCAGGGUUGGAUGCUGGUCCAUAAACACACUUCAUUUCCACUUUGUAUUUAAGGAUAAGUCUGGCUUCAUUCUGGUUUUCUAAGAAUAAAACCAGAGUUAUUCUUUAAUCCUCAGUUUGUAUCUGGAUACGCCUCCUUUGCACUUACUCCUCAUAUUAAUAAGCGCUCUCAAUAUCUCCGUUCAGACCUCAUUGUGAUCGGAUCUCAGAUUAGUAAGGCAGACUUGUCUCAGGUGAAAGGAAGUUAAUGGUGUAUUAUAUUUUUCUUUUGCAGAAGAAGGGUUCAUCUGUAGCUGUUGGAGGUACAACAGGAAAAGGUGACCUGUUUUUCUCACGGUUAUAGUUUUGCAUUUUGGAAAUACGAAGUGAGCUGAGACGAUUGACACCACUCCUGUCUGUGCGGUAAAUGAAUUGUCUGCAUUUUGAAAUAUUGUGUUAGAAAAGUUUGGAAACGACAAUAUUCAAAGAAACCUAAAUUGCGCAAAAGAUGCUGGUCCCAGCACAAAAACUAACCCAAGAUGUUCUACAGAUUAAACUAAUGAGACUUGAGCAUGUUAAUCAGUUUCCAGUCUUUGUGCGAACCUAGGCUAACCAUUUCCUGGCAGUAGCUUCAUAUUUAGCACUCAGACAUGAGCGUGGUAUCGAUCCUCUCUGUACAGAUGUUUUAACACCUGCCUGAGAUCCGAUCAUAUUCUGACUGUUAUAUGUUCUGCUGCAUUCACACGAUCCAGAAAAGACCUCCAGAUACAGAUCGUAUCUCGACGCCGAGUGAAAUUCACUCGACCUGUUGGCGUUUUCCACGUAACCCUUCUCAUCUUAAGUGCCAACAUAAAAAACACCGACUUCAUAUUGUGACAAAAAAAACCUUGUAGCUAAAAAUAUAUAUAUUCAAACGUCAAGGUAUCCCUUUAACCACAGCCUUUUUCCUUCGACUCUGUUUGUUUUUCUGCCACAGACGUUGGUUCAGAUUUGCACACCUACUGUACCCAUUUGCUUCAUUUGUUUUGUUUUUUUUUGUUUUUUUCAUAUUUAUAUUUGCCAACGUUUUUUCUUAUUUUACAGUAGUGGAAUCAAACUACGACACCGAAAUUAACUGGUGCUGUUUAUUCUUAGUUAUGUAGCUAUCGCCAUAUUGUUGUUGUUGUUGUUUGUUUUUUUGUUUUUCUAAUUGAUAAAGCUCCAAAUUCUUUUCAUCUCAGCAAGUCAUUAAAUCUUGACUUCAGUCUCAAACAGCUUAGUGGAAAAUCCCUCACAGCAGAUUUAUUUGUUUAGAGAGUUUUAAGGAAAUUUUUUAAAGAACUAAAUUAAAAGAUGCUAUGACUUGUUAUGAAAAUAUUUGCAGUUUUUCUCAGAUCUAUUUGACUGUUGGCCUCAUGUGAGACAGAUAUGAAUUGUUUGUGAACGAAUGCAUGAGUUAGAGAUAUGUAUACUCAGUAGAUCAUAGCUGGGCAGAUGCACCAAAGCACAUGUUAAUCCACCAGAACUCACCAGACCUCUAUAACCUUUCUGUAACAUUUAUCAUCAUGUUGAAGUCAGAGUUAUUGUUCUCCUUUUGCUUGAGGGGGGAAUGAGCAGGAACAAGGAGAAGAUGAUGAAACUCCUCCUUCCUUUUUGUGAUUAUUUCUUGACAAAGUCAUAUUUUCAUUAAUGCGGUAAGAUUUUAUGUCUCACACCAGGUCAGAAAAUCUUACAAAUGUAUAUUUAGUGUCUCACUCUGCUUUAUCGGGUCCGUAAACCUUUAUUUAUUAAGGUGAGGUAUUUCUGAGCAUGCUCAGUCUGUUGUACAGUGUCACACUUUAGCAGCCUCAGUAUGCUUCAGAUGAAAGAGUUUGUACGACUGAAGACAAAAGUGAUAGAAACUGUUCAGAACGGAGAAAAGCUGUGAGGGUUUUUCUAGGUGACAGCAACCCAACAUCCUCCAGUAAAGAACAAUGACAGCGUAUUUGUUUCCUUUUACAUGACAACACCUCCACAAACUGUACAUGUUAUGUGUGUCUUGUUGUCUUGAUGUUACAGUCGUUUCAAAGGGGAUGACGUCGCAUUCAUGGUGUUGUACUCGGUUGUACAUUAGAAAAUUGACAGAAGUAGAAGUGUGUGAAUUGGAAAAAGAAAGCUACUUCUCUACUGGUAUCUGAAGCGAUCUGGUUUCUGUUUGUAGUACUGUUGAUAUAUGAGCGGGCUUUGGUCAUUGUUGAGAGCAAAAGAGACUGAACGCAUUGACCAAAUACAACCUCUGAACCAUCUUCUGUCAUCUGACAACGAUUUUGCUUUUUUUUAAAAGAAAAAUCUGUAUUCAUAAUACAGAUAAAUGUUUAUAGAGAUGAGCUAAAAUGUGUCUUUUAACGAAGCCCCGAAUCAUUGACCACUGUCUCCAGGGUGUAAAUCUUCAUCAGAUAAUAACGUAGCUCAAAUUGGGCUUGGGUGUUGGAUUGACAUUUUCUGAAAGUUGUAUUAAAUGUCAGGACACGAACCCCUCUACAGUUGGGCUGUCAGAAUACAGUACGCUUCAAUUGAACCGCCUCAGAAUUGACUGUUCGCCAACCCCCUAAAUCACUGUUACUAUGCCCGUCAAGGCUUCAGUUCCCGUGCAGCACUUUUUUACCUGUUUAUGCGCACAUUUUCAAAUCAUGCAUAAGAAAACCUUAAAAUAUUGCAAGAAAUUAUACUGUAAAUACCCACAGAUGAAUUGUAAGAACUCCAAAAUGGCGCUCAGUAACUCAGUAAUUUUCUGGGCUCUGAGAAAUUUUUUACAACUUUAUGGUCUUCAUGGAUUAAAACAACUUGUUUGCAGUGUUUGUGGGUGUCUUGUCAACAGUUUUACAGACGUCUCUUUUAUUAGAGACGAUGCUUUUGGGGCGCAGAAGAAUUGUUUAAUUACCUCGGAUGGUAGUCUGCAUUGUCCAGCUCUCGUAAUCGUAUCGUAGUCAUGGAGCUUCCUCUGACAGCUUUCCGAAACAGAUGUGAAACUAGCCGUGGUUUUAUCUUUUUUAAGCUCUUUUCUUUCUUGCUCAAAUUACUUUUGUCACUUUUACGUGUGGACAUCAAAAUGCAACACCAUGAAUGACGGCAGGGUUUUUUCGCCCUUCUGUAUAAACACUUUUGCCUUCAGACGACUCUUCGUACAAACUGGUUCAUUUCAAGCAUACCGACACUCACCAGUCAAACCACAGCUCCACUGGACCAGUUUUAUCUCAGUCUGACUCUCCUGAACAUUUUGCCUUAUUUUUUGUUUUAUUAUUUUCCUGCAUGUUAAUUUUUAUGUUAAUGACAACAUGCCACUGAGGGCUUGAACGCCUGCUGUGUCAUUCAAAGGGGAGGGGGCGUCUUCUAGUUUAGAGAUGAGCAGCAUGUUAAACCAGUAUGAGAGUCGAAUAGGCUUUUUUGUUGUUGUUGUUUUUCUUCUUUGGUUAUUUAAGCUUUAGUCUGUAAAGGUUUCUUUAGGUAUAAUUUCAUUUCUUUUCCUUUUAAAGUUAAAAUUUAAAUGUUUACAUUUUGUUAUGCAUGUUCAAACAGAUUUGUUAUAUCCAGUGUUUUGCACACUACUUCAGCAUCAGUCUUGAACGGCACUGCUCAUUAAUGUAAAGUACUUAAAAUUAAGUGCCUGAUACUUAAAAAGAGAAAAUUGGAGUUGAUAUUUGUAAGCAAAUGAAAGUUAAAUUUGCUCAUCAGCCUUCAUGACAUUGACUUGAACAAUGGCUCCUGUUGUCACAUGAUGUUUUAUUGUGUUUAAAGCCUCUGCGGUGGCUGUUUGAUUACACGGAUUAUAUUGUUAAAACGACAGCAGGACGCUUGCUCAGCUACGCAAACGUCUGUCGGAGCAAACUGGACCUACAGGACUCAACAACAGGGACACCUAGUGGCCAUCAGAGCGCACAGUGAUGCAACAUUCAUGAAAAUGAAAUGAUCAAAUUAAAAGGUGCUGCAUGUGACAUUUUAACAUAAAAGGAAACACUGCUAAAGUGCAGCUUCUUCUCUGGAUUUAAAAUUGUGAGCUUGGAUUUGGAUCGGUUUAUUGCACAAAACAGGAAGAGGGCACUAUUCCUCUACUGCUUCAUCAUAAAACUGCACUGUGAAAUAUCUAGAGCUAUGAUAAACGGUUAUUUUCAUUAUCAAUUGGAUAGUUUUCACUAUUUUUGACAUUGUAUGGAUGAAAUUAUUUUUUGUUAUCAAAACAUUUACAGAUUAAAGAUUAACUUGACUGAUUGAGUUCGAUCAAUGUGUAGAACGUUUCUGGUGUUUGCAUCUUGAUCGGACAUCAAACAAUUCUCUAUUGUUUAGUCUGUAAAAUAGUGAAAAGUUGCCAAGUUGACGUCUUUAAACCUGCAAAGAAGCUGUAAUGAGUGAUUUUUUUUGACAUUUCUAUAUGAAAAACCAUAGAGAAUAAAUGGAAAUUGUUCAGUUUAACAAAUGGUAUUUCUGGUUGUAAAUGUUAAAAUUUAUUAUAGAAAAAUAAAAUUAAUCCUUUUCUGGGAAGUACAAGCUUUAUCGGAAAUGUAGUCUGAAUUUGGAGAAAAACCAGCAGUGAAAGUGCUGUGAGAAAGACGACCACGCAUUUCCAUCCUGUGACAGUUGAUGUUAAAAAUGCUGCAUGUGGCACCUUUUUUUUAUAAACUGUUGGAUGUUAAGUACCAAUGAAUGUCUCAGUCACAUCUUACUGUGAUCUCAUUUUUAUCACUUGACACCAUUUACUCAUGUUUUUGCCUCUUUUUUUUUUUUUUUCUUUUCUUUAAACAAAACCCCAGAGAUCAACUUUAAAGCUGACAUGUUCUUUUCUUUACAAACUGUGCUGAACUUUUGAAGAGAACGGACACUUCCCGGUAUAAUCAGUCAAGCUACCCAUGUGCACCUUAAAUGGACGCUGAGGAGUUUGACUUUAAUGGGAUUUUUAUU